GCUGUAUUGCUAUCCCAAACCUCAGCUAUCACUUCUCUACGCCUCCAUCUCUUACCUCUCACCAUACACGCGCCUGUACCUACGUCCUCCGCUGCAUCGCCGCCUUGCUAGCCUCUCUCACCGCCGUCUUGGCCACCGCAUGCACCUGCACCGCCGUGUCUUGUCCCCGACCGCCUGCCGACUUGACUCAACCACCACAAGGCUGCACUCUGCCUAAAAGGCGUCUUUACGCCCCGGGAAGCUCUAUUGGCACACGAGCCGCCCGUCCAUAUCCCCGAGCACCAUGUUUUCCGAAUAUGCCUCGAGAUUCCUGGCUCAGUCGCAGUCGCGGCUGUCCAUCGGCCAGCCGGAAGCCCCCCUCUCAAAUCGCGAACGUUUCGAGCGACGUCGUUCCACUCACCGCAACAGCCCCGCCUCACAAUCAUACCUUCAGCGACGCAAUAUGCCAAACCCAUAUCAACCCAGCGGCUCACGGAUAGGCCAGUUUGCCUUCGGGUCGAGGACCUCCGCUGCACCGGCACCAUUAUUCUACAGCGCGACAGAUGAGUUCCGGGAGGAGGAUGACCAAGACGAGCAUGCCCGAGAGAUAGAAGAUCUCUACGCCCUUCAAAAGUCACGGCGGCAUUUUGGAUCGAGUCAUCUUACAGAAUCAUCAGAAGGGGAUUAUGACGGGGAGCGAGCGUCUGAUCCGAACGUGGAAGGGCACGACCUAGAGAACGAUCCGCCGGAUUAUGGGCCUAGGAGGGGUAUUAAGAGCUCGUGGCGAGGCGAGAAACCGAACACCAGAGGGAGAGCUGCCGGAGCAGAGCCGCUGGAAGAGCGGGAUGAGCGGGACAAGAGUGUGCCGCUAUCAGAAGCCAGCGAGCCCAGCAGUGGCGGACGCGGGAAACUUGUGGAUGUAGAGCUUGCAUCUACUAUCCGAGGCAGCAUGGAAGAUCUUAGGGCUGAAUUAGACGCGGAUGGGCACUUUCUAGGCGAUACAAAUGACCAACCGCCAGCAUUCCAGCAGUUCCGAAACGCUCCCCGACGAGUCCGAAGUCCACGAACACGAUUACCAAUACAUAAAGAAACAGACGAGGAAGCGUUACUAGACAACCCACGGCCAAUAAGUCCAGAUCGGGAGAGCGUGCCAGCAGAAGUCCAGCCGGAGCCUUUAGCGUCACCACGACACGAUCGGUUUUGGGCAGAGGUCUUCAUCAUCGGCCAUUGCGCGCUGAUUGGGGCCUUUUUCAUCACCCUGUUGCAGACCUCUCCGCCAGAUCAAAAGCAUCCGAUAGGGGAUACCAUUUACACCGCCCUACACUCAUCCUUCCACCUCCUUGCGGUCUACUCGCUCGUUUCGAUCGUAGUUGGAUUACUUUGGCUGGCCAUGCUGCGAUCUUUCGUAAAACCCUUGAUUUUAGGUAUCGUGGUAUCCGUGCCUGUCAUAUUAUUUGCCUUCUUCUUGUAUCCUCUUGUGUCCAGCUUCAAAGGAACAUGGCACGGAGGUAGCGUUCAGGACAAGGCUAUGCGCUGGUUCUCUUUUGUGCCCGCUGUUCUUGCAGUCACGUGGGUGUACACAGUCUGGAAAGGACGUCACUCUCUGACCCGAGCCACCGAACUCCUCGAGUUCACAGGCCGGAUCUUGACAACCAUGUCACCACUCCUUCUUGUUGGCUUUGCAACGCUGGCGACAGUUGUACUUUGGACUUGGCUCUGGAUCUUGAUGUUCACACGACUCUUCCUCGAAGGCCACUUUUCCAAGACUCGGAACCUAUUCAUCAUAGACUUCGGCACCUGGUGGCUCGGCGCAGCUUUUGUCCUGGAUUACUUCUGGACACUAGCGGUCAUCUCCGGGAUACAACGAGCGACAACAGCAGCAACUGUCAGCCAGUGGUACUUCCACCGCAACUCAGUGCCGUCACCCUCACCACGAGUCGUCGUUCAGGCAUCUGCCAUCCAUGCUUCAACAAUCAUGUUCGGCACGAUAUGUCUGUCAACGUUCUUAUCUCUGGCUGUCCGACUCCCUCUCAUCAUACUUCCUCGCCGCGUCGCGGGCAUCAUUUCCAUGUUUGCCUACUCUCUCAUCCCCACUCCGAUCGCCUCCCUCACCAACCCCUUGACGUUGACUUACGCCUCUGUUCAUGGACAACCUCUCGGCGUCGCAGCACGCAACCUUUCUCAGAUGUCGUUCGUCUCAAACACCUCACCAACGACAACCCUAAGCCCAGGGUCCUUCUCCUCCCCGACCGGGACAUCUCUAGUCCCGUACCGCCUCGCAAAGCUCCUCCUCCACGCCACCCGCUUCAUAAUGUGUCUUACCCUCGGCUUCGGCGGCUGGGUCACCACAGCACGCAUGAUCGAGGUCUCCAACUCCGGCGUCAAGGGCAGCAUGUACGCCUAUGUCAUCGGCAUCAUCGCAGGCGCCAUCGGGUGGGGUAUACUCGGUGCCAUGGAGGGCGUCCUCGGAGGCAUCCUUGACGCACUAGUCGUCUGCUGGGGCAGUGAAGUUGGCGUACACGGCUUCGGAGAGGUGCGGUACUGCCGCGAAGCUGGGGAUUUGUUCGCCGAAAGGCCUAACGGUGGCCGCUUCCGUUGACAUCUGAACGUAUAUAGAAGCAGUGCUUGACUUGUCGUAUCCGAGCGGGUGAUUUUUCAUACAGCGUGGGUUGUGGCUCAGGACUUGAGCUCCCCUAAUGGUAAGCGCGGGUAGUUUGGCGUAGGGCUAGUGAGUGUUUGAUUUUUGUAGGUUCAACCCCAGAUGGGGUUGGCGGAAUUUCAUCAUUAUUUUCACAUUAUCGUUGUG